GCAAAAUCAGAUAUUGGACUUGAGAAAACAAUCAAAAGCCUAAACGGCUAAACCCUUUAUGUAAACGUCCCGAGACGGUCCGAACCAUUGUCUGAUCAUUGCGUUGCGUCACAGACUCACAAAUACUAAGUUAACUUCCAAACAACACCGUUUUCCGAUUGUCCUAAAAGUCUAAAUCAAUACGACGUCGUUUUAAUCAAUUUCCAGUUCAUUGCCGUGUGAUGAAGGAAAAUUCAGAGCAUAAACCCAGAGUCUCUCUCUCUCGCUCUCUCUCUGAUUUUCUUUUCUUCAUAUUUACUUUUCCGGGAAAACGAAAGGUUUUGAAAAAAGAGCUUCUUACUAGUUUUUCUUCUCAGCUCAGUGACAACGUGUUGUUUGAAAAUUCCUCUAAUUUCUCCCGGUAAUGGCCGAGUCGACGCUCGAAGUAAAGCUAGUUCGUUGUCCAAAGUGCAAAAAUCUGUUACCAGAGCCUAAAGAUUGUUCUUUUUUCCAGUGCGGUGGUUGUGGAACCGUUCUUUGCGCCAAAAACAAGGGCCGUGACGAAGCAGAUCCAGUGGCAGACAAGUCCGUGGAGAAUAGAGCCAAAGAAACUGAGGUUAACUCUGGUUCAACUGAAGAAGAAUCUGAUUCAGAUGCUUCCUUAAGAGAGAGACACCAACAAGUUGGUCAAACAGAGACUUGGGAUCCUAGUUCGAAACUGAAUGUUGUUGAUUCCGGUAGUAACGAUUCUCAAUCGGGUUUGGCUCGUUCUAGGAAAAGAACAACAAAGAGAUACGGUUCCGAGGGAUUCAGAUUCUCCACUUCUAACUACUUUCCAGAUUCUCUGUCUAGUGACGAAGCAAUCCGGCAAGACAGAGCUGGACUGGUGAGAAAAUUGGAUAAGCUAAAAGAAGAGCUUCUUCAACCUAAAGAGCAACAUAUUCCGAGUUCGUCUUCAGGUUUCGAAAAGGCUCCAUUGCGGUUUCCAAGUUCUGGGAAACACGUUGCAGGUCCUUCCUAUUACCAUCAAUAUACAGAACCUGAACAAUCUCCAUGUCCUUACAACAGUAACCCUGAUGUUUUUCUGCACGGUCCCACGGCUCGUGUUCCAGCUCCUCACAGGUUCCAGAUGCAUGAAGGAACUCUGGAGCAAUCUCAUCCACAUUACUCUAGACAGUAUAUUGGUGGUAACAAUGGUCAUGAUUUGUUCAAUACACAGCCGCGAAAUGGGAUGCUUCAUCAGUCAACUUGCUCUUGCCUCCACUGCUAUGAUCCAUAUCAUAGAGCUUCAGGCUCAGUUUUUCCUCCCUCGGGGUUGCCUGAUGCUUUGCACAACCUAGGUUAUUACCCUCACGAGAGAAGUAUCGGUUUUCGCUCUUCCUUGCAUAGUCCUAGAACCUUUAUUCCACCUCACCAUGCUGGUUCUCAAUCUCGUGGUCCACAGCUCCAUGGAAGACGCUCGAGUGAAUUUGUAGGUGCGCCUAUUUCUCGUCUUCGUCCCCUUAAAGCCGUAUCAUCUUCUUCAGGCGGUUCUCGCCUUAUCCGCCCUGUGGCUGGUGGUGCGCCAUUUAUAAGCUGUAAGAACUGUUCCAAGCUUCUAAAGUUGCCAGACGAAACAGAUUCUGCUACGAGAAAGCAACAGAGGCUGCGCUGCGGAGCGUGCUCUUGUUUGGUGGAGUUUUCAUUUGUUGAUAAGAAGCUCGUUCUCUCAAAGGAUCAUGCUGCUUCAGCUAAAAAAGCAGAGUCUCAUAGAAUGGUGCAUUGGUUAACUGCUGUUAACUUCUCUUCUGAUGAUUAUGAUAAUGACCCUGCUUACGAAUUCCAUGCGAUGGACAGAGGACCAGCAGAUGAUGAUGUAUCAACCGGUCCAGCUUUGAUCUCCGACAAAGCUCAAGAAAUGCAGAUUGCGGAUUCUACUUCUCCUAGCGUGUCUGAAGACGAGCUAAGUUCAGACAGCAGGAAACUUAUUCCAGAAUUACCUCUCCGCGAACAUUUGGAUUGCUCUUCGAUCAAUGUAAGGGACCGGUCUGGGCCAAGGAGCCAAAGCUCUCGUUCAGAACAGGACAGGGUGACACUGAGCAGCAAGACAUCCAUGAGACAGAACUCUAUGAAAGAAGCUUCCGUUGCAAUUGAGAUGGACGUUAAUGACUACUCUCACAACAGUCAAGAUUCCGCCAGUGACCAUAGAGAGGACCAUGGAAGAACCAGGAAGGGCGGAUUUGCGAGUAUCGUGAAGAAUAGCUUCAAGGAUCUAAAGAAAUCCAUACAGAACGAAGGAAGAAGUGAUGUUAUGGUGAAUGGGCAUCCUGUAGCUGAACGUCUGGUGAAAAUGGCAGAGAAGCAGGCUGGUCCAAUCCGGCCGGGGAACUACUGGUACGACUACAGAGCUGGAUUCUGGGGAAUAAUGGGAGGUCAAUGUCUUGGAAUAUUACCGCCUUUCAUUGAAGAGCUCAACUACCCAAUGCCAGAGAACUGCGCAGGAGGAACCACAAGAGUCUUUGUGAACGGAAGAGAGCUUCAUCAGAAAGACCUGCGCUUGCUCGCUGCCAGAGGUCUCCCAAGGGACAGUGAUCGAUCCUACACUGUCUACAUCUCAGGUAGAGUCAUAGACGAAGAUACCGGUGAAGAGCUAGAUAGUCUUGGCAAACUUGCCCCAACGGUCGAUAAGCUGAAGCGUGGGUUUGGGAUGAGAGUUCCGAGGAGGGCUCCAUGAAGGAAUCUCAAGAAAUGUUCGUGAGCCUCUGAGCAUCCGUGUUAGAUUAUUCUAGGUUUCUAAGUUAUUACUACUCUACAGAGGCUUCUGUUCAAUGUAAAGAAUGAAUGAGAAUGUGUAAAAUGAAAUAUUAUUAUUGGCAACAAAGAAACUAAAAUCACCAAAAAGAUCUGUGUGUUUCAAAAGCUUCCAAAAGCAUUAUUGAGCUUACAUUGCAUGAACUAAAUGUUUCAAAUCACAUGAUCCACACCACGUUUUUGUAGCAUCUUCCAGUUCUCCAUCUUCACUUGCUUGGUGAGACAUUCUUCUUCUGCUCCCCUUUCGUAACCUGAUCAUAUGCCGACGGCGACGGCAGAAACUACGGCUCCGCCGAGGAUUACCGCUGGACCAGAAAGCAGGCUCCACUUUCGGUAAAUCAUCUUCUUCUUUUUCCUCUUCUUCUUCUUCUUCCUCUACCUCUUGGGAACUUUUGUCGUGGUCUUCUCCGACUCUCUGCAGGAUCCUUUCGAUGAAAUCGACUGAAGUCCCUCUGUUCGAGAUUGGGUAUUUAAUUGGGCUUGGGUUUCAGGCCCAUAAAGACACCUGUUUCCCUUCUUAGCAAAAUAUGUUGUGAACGAAACAAAAUAUGGAUUUUGAAACUUAAGACUAGUUUUGGGCUUGGGUUUCAGGCCCAUAAACCUUUCUUCACCUCAAAACAAAG